AUGUCGGUCUCAGGCUUCUCCGUCCAGCAUGACCCGGAAGUCCAAGCAUACAACAAACUUCGCGCCACAUACCUCGCCGCUGAGAAGGAGCGCAGACGAGACGAGAAGUCCCGGAAGCAGGAGGAGAAGAAGCUGCUAGAGUCGUUCAAGAAGGAUCGAAGGAUGAAAUCACGGACCGGAAAUCGAAAUGUUGUCUCCAGGAUUCUCCACCCGGUCGGGAAAGACAGAGACGAAAGACUGCUUCCGGAGGUGAUGGGAGCGAAAUCUGUUGAUUCGGAAAGCGACUUGGACGAGGUAUCACUGAAAGAGGCGUUGAGAUGA